AUGAUCAACGCCGUGCUGGUCUUCAACAAUGCCGGCCAGCCCCGCUUGACCAAGUUCUACACGCAGCUGGAGACGAGCGUCCAGCAGCGGCUAAUAUCAGAGAUAUUCACCCUCGUCGCAAACCGCCCAAACUCAGCAUGCAACUUCCUGCCCCUCCCCCCUCUUCUCGCAAACAGCAGCAAGUCCUCCACCCCCACCACCCCGCACAACGACACGCCCUCCCUCGUCACCUACCGCCACUACGCAACCCUCUACUUCAUCGUCAUCUCCACCUCGACUGAAUCGCCCCUUGCGCUGCUCGACCUCAUCCAGGUCUUCGUCCAGGCGCUCGACGGCCUGUUCGAGAACGUCUGCGAGCUCGAUCUCAUCUUCAACUUUGAGACUCUGCAUGCCGCGCUCGCAGAAAUGAUUGUGGGCGGAGUGGUGGUCGAGACACAGUUGGAUAAGGUGAUUGAGGGGGUGCGCAGCCAGGGGACGGUGGCGAAGAGGCCGGUGAAUGAGGGCAAGGGCGGGAUGGGGUUCGCGGGGUUUGGAAGGGGAGACGGGAAUAUUUGGGCGGGGAGGUGAGGUGCAGUAGUGCUGGGUUGUGCUCUGAAUGUAGCUGGAAGAGCUUCGGAGUAUGUCGAGAGAAGUCUACGGGGCAGGCAGUGGGACAUGGGCAUAUGAAGAGCUCGCACCGCAAAGUCACGUUUGGAGAGCCUACGUGCGGUGAGUUGGACGAGGUGCUAGAGUAUAUAGAAGUGGAAGCCAAGCCAACUGACAAGCGGAAAUGGCUAUUUGGCGCAUACAUACGAUACCAUGAUCAUAUGAAUAAUGCAAAUAACAAUCGACGGACGGUUGUACCUUACAAG